CAUGCGCAAUUUUUGCCCGACUAGUGUGGACGACUCAAUUAUCGACGAUGAGUUUUCUCUCCGGACUGUGGACUUGGCUUUCCUCAGUUAUUCAUGCGAUCACAAGGAUUUUUAAUUCGCAGCAGGAGAAAUCACCAUCCACCCCGACUGACUGGUCACUCUCCCACAAGAAGUACCCAACAAGCACGCAAGUGUAUCAAACUUCAAAGGAUCAAAAACAAAACGGCCAAAGGAACGUCAAAGGAUAUCCAUUCUCACCCGAGAUACCUAAUCUCUCACUUGAAGUAUCCAUUCCAAGCAACGGGCAGAGAACCCCCAACAGCCAAAACAGAUCAUCCACAACUAAUAUCAAAAUGUCUGAGUUAACCCUCAAUGAUAUGCUCGACGACGUUAAUACGGUCAUGGAGUGCUCAACGAUCGACGCUUUCAAAUUCGCUCCGGAGACACUCCUCAGACGACUGACAACCCCGGAGGCGGUGAAGAAAGUCCUCCAGGAAUACAGCAGAGAGACAGCAUUGACGCAAAACACCACCAUCUCUGAUUUAGUCCAGUUCUACAGUGAUAAAGCUUUCAAGGUUUUUGCAAUCCUUACCACGAAUCGCGGCUUCGACCUCAUUGAGCACUUCUAUGUAAAAGGUUUCCAGGAUGACAUGCUUCCCGUUAGAAAGAAGAGGUCAGGACAGGACAGCAAGACUUGGGAGAUUGAAUCUUGUAAUAAGGGAACCUUCGAUGGCAACAGGGUUCCUGAGACCUUUCGUUGGGGCCCCAGCAGUCCGUGGGGCCGAGAUUCGUGGCGGGUCGACCAAUUCUGCCAACACUGGCAAUGGCCGUUCGUGCCUCCAGUCCUUAUCGAGGGCAAGUUUCGAUACAACUUUCCAGACGAAAUCCGUCUGCCAUUUACAAGGAGCUGGGGGAAAAGGGAUUCGGAGCCUACGACGUUAUACAGCUACGUGGAAAAGAUGAGUGUUCAUGCUGGCCACCUUCCUAAGAAUUCUGAUGAUCUCUUGGAUGACAAGGGCAAUGUUAUUGUUGCCAUCAAGGAGCUGAAACGAUCAGGCAAAGAUUUCGCAGCUAUAGCCGAAGGCGAGGCCGUUGUUCUCGAGAUGAUGAGAGGACUUACUGACCAACCUCAUUUGAUCAAGGCCAUUGCCUAUUAUCAGAAAGGAAACGACCACUACUUUAUGUUUCCCUGGGCUGAGUUGGGUAAUUUGUGGGAAUUUUGGAUAACCACUACUCCAAAGACAGCACGGGACUAUAUGAUAUGGGUCUUCACACAGCUCACUGGGUUGGCUCGCGCGCUGGAGUGCCUGCACCACAGGGCUAGCGCGUCUGAGGAAAAUUACCGCCAUGGAGACUUGAAACCCUUGAAUAUCCUUUGCUUCAAGACCAAAGGUGGUCAGGAAGACAAGCCGAGGCUAGUCAUCACCGACGUCGGGCUGGCCAAAAAGCACAAUAUGGCGACCAAGGAGCGUCAGGAGUUGGCAGUAUUCACAUACUCUACAGCUGCGACAGUCACUCAUGCAGCCCCAGAGUUAGGAAUUGUCCGCAACGCUCCCAGAUCACGCAGAUACGACAUUUGGUCCAUGGGAUGUAUUCUCCUUGAAUUCACUAUUUGGCUGCUUUACGGCCCUCAGAAACUUAUAGAAUUUUCCAAUUGUCUCGACGGAUCUUUCUACACACUUGAAACUCAAAAGCAAAGCUCGAACACAAAGGGCCAACAAAAUCUGAGCCCUACAAAGAGCCAAACGGCUAAAGUUCAUGGCGAGGUGGGAGUUUGGAUCCGCUAUAUCAAAGCAGAUUGGCGUUGUUCCAAAGACACUGCUGUCCGGCACCUGGUUGAGCUAAUCGAAACUCGGCUGCUGGUUGUCGACCUUGGCCUUCGGAAUCCUGUCAACGGCCAAAGUAGCCUCACCUUGCCGAUGAAAGAAGAAGCGUCAGAUUCCCAGCCACCAUCCCCGAUCUUUGGCGAAACUCUGGAAUUGGAACCAGGUUCGAUGACUCAACCAUCAAUAACAGCAACUUCAGUCGGCGAAUCAGACAGAGUGCACCAAAAAGAGAUUCGAAACAGAACUCCGCCCGAAAGACAGAAUACAGGCCUUCUUUCCCUUACGAAUCCUGAUCCAAAAUCUCGUGCUUAUGCACCAGAGAUGAGAAAGGAAAUUGAGCUUAUUCUUACUGGUUUGGACCGGAAGCAAAUCCAGCCGAUUGGAAGUCCUCCCUUAGGCGGAGAAGCACCCCCUCCAGGGCCUUCACGUGUACAGUUUACUGAGCAAAAUAGACACGUCGGGGAGAUUAACACUCGGAGUAGGUCGCUUCACCCUAGUAAUUACUACAGUUUCUCUUCAUCGAAGUGUCUACUAACUGACGGCCCGACCCAGUUUCUAAACGACGACUGGGAUUAUGCCCCUGAUGGCAGUAUUGCGGGAAAGGUUUUUGCGGGUCUUGACUUAAGUACUAUCCUGCCUCAAACGCGCGAACCUUCCCAGCUUUGCCGCCGCUGCAGUGCCUUGCGGCUGUGGUCUACUGCGUGUAUAUUUACGGAUUCACUGGCCCAACUCGAGGAAAAGGCCGAUAAGGAGAGAUGCACUCUUUGCAGAUUGCUUUUACAAGGCGUACAACCUCGGAUGAAAGGACGCCGGGACUUUGUUCGCUUUGCCAGAGUCGGCUCCUAUUUGACGAUGGAGGAAUGUGAAGGUCAAGCUAUCGCCAAUCUCUACGCAAUGCCAGGUUCUCGGAAGUCUACUUUGCAGGACAUUCAGAUGGGCAUUCCCAAACUUCCCCAAGCUGGAAGCGCGACGCAUCUCAAGAUUAUGAGGGAAUGGAUCCGCUGCUGUGAUGAUACUCAUGAUUGCUACCCGAAAGAUCUUGGCUCUCUUCCAACUCGGUUUCUCGAUGUCUGUGACAGUGACUCUGGAACCGUCAGGUUGGUGAACCUUGGUCGAGACUACACUGGGUCGGGAAGAUACGCUGCCCUGUCCCACCGCUGGGGAUCGCCCCAGCUGCACGCCAAAUUCUGCACUUACAAAUCCAAUAUCGAGGAUCUCCAACGCGGCUUUGAGAUAACUCGACUACCAAAGACCUUUCAGGAUGCUGUCCAUGUUACACGUGGCCUUGGACUGAAACACCUCUGGAUCGAUUCUCUCUGCAUCGUUCAAGAUGACCAAGAUGACUGGGAGGCAGAGUCUAAACUUAUGGGGCGCGUCUUCAGCUCGGCGUACUGCACAAUCGCUGCCAGCUGCGCCAGUGGUAGUAGCGACGGGUUCCUCAAACCCAGGCCGGAAAGACGAUGUGUUGUGAUGCAGGGACCUCCUGGAGACGGAAAUUACUGCGUUUGUGAGACUAUUGACGACUUCCACCGCGAUGUGGACCAAGGUGAGUUGAAUCAGAGAGGCUGGGUGCUGCAGGAACGAGCACUAUCACGAAGAACGAUUUACUUCACGGAGACACAGUCAUAUUGGGAGUGCGGGGGAGGGGUGCAGUGCGAGACGAUGACCAAGAUGAAGAAUCGUAAAGCAUCUUUUCUCGGCGACGCCAACUUUCCCAACGCCGCAGAGAAGUACGUGAAAGGAAUGCGUAUCGAACUCUCCCAAGACCUCUACGAGCGGUAUUCCAGGCUAGCCCUGUCGUUUCCCUCAGAUCGGCCUAUCGCCAUCAAAGGCCUUGAGACCAGGCUCCUCGACACUUUCGGCACUACUGGUGGCUACGGGGUCUUUGACAUCUACUUGCACCGUUGUCUGCUAUGGCAACGUGCCGGAGAUACUCUGAAACACAUUGAUGCCUUUCGCGGCGGCAAGAUAGUCCCCUCAUGGUCGUGGAUGGCAUAUGACGGCCAGAUUCGAUACAUGAUUGUUCCUUUUGGUCAAGCUGAAUGGUGCAACGAUAUCAUCUCACCUUUUUCGAAGGGUGCGCAGACGGACGCAGCUCUUGACUUAGAAGCGCCCAUAUGGGAGGUUGUUAAUACAGAAGGUGCAGAAGUCAUCUUGGACGAUCCUCGUCGUACCUUGGGCCAGCCUCUUCAUUGUGUCGUCGUUGGAAAGAGCAAAACUGAGCCCAUGCAGUAUUACGCCCUAAUCCUUCAUCUCUGUGCUCACGCCAACGAGGAGGCAUACGAGAGGGUUGGAGUGGGCAUCUUGGGCCGACGCCACAUUGCUCUCGACGGCGUACAGAGAAUGGCUAGGAUUCGUUGAUUGCUUGGAUAGCGAACCGAAGUGGUUAAGAUGCGGAACGCAAAUAUGAUAUUUCUUGGGCUUGUUAGAGGGGAUAUUCUUUCGCAAAAGGCAAUGUAAGCAGUCAGGUCGAAUUUAAAUGUCCUAGCCUAAUCUGCAACGAAGCUGACAGAUUGCUAAUUCACACCGUGGAUACUCGACUGAAUGAGAUAUUACGUAUUAGCACGAAUUCAGACAGCUAGUGCGAUGUACAGUACCACAAAACGAUCGAAUCUUUCUUUACUUUGUCCGAAUAGAUUGGACAAUACUUCUCAAAUCAGAUAUUCCCUUUUCAUAAAUCCAAGGCAACCUCGCU